AUGCAUGCACGCAUGCUGCAGCAGCUGCUGCUGCUGAUCCUUGUCGUGCUGCUCCUUGUUCUCUCGCCCCAUCAGCAGCAGCAGCAGCAGCAACAGCAGCAGCAGCAGCAGCAGCUGUUGCAGUGGCCUGGUGUUAUUGGGGCAUUAGCAGACUCUAACGAAGUAACACCAGCAGAGAGUGAUCAAGAAAACACAGCAGAUCCUGCUGCAGCAGCAGCAGCAGAAGCAGCAGCAGCAGCAGAAGCAGAAGCAGCAGAAGCAGAAGCAGAAGCAGAAGCAGCAACUGCAGACACAGCAGCAGAAACAGCAGCUGCAGCAACCCCACAAGAGGAUGGAGUCGUCGAUUCGGGGUCUGCUAAUGCAGCAGCAGCAGCAGCAGCAGCAGCAGCAGAACCAGCAGCAGAAGAAGCAGCAGCAGCAGCACAGUUUGUAGAGGAUGCUGACUACUUGCCUGAGGCAGCAGAGAUUGCAGAAGCAGCAGAAGCAGCAGAAGCAGCAGAAGCAGCAGCAGAUCCGCAAGAAGCGGCAGCAGAUCCUACAGCAGCAGCAGCAGCAGCAGCAGGGGAUCAAGGAGCAGCAGAGGCGCGUGGAUCAGCAGCAGCAACAGAAGAUCAGGUUGAAGAAGCAGCAAGAGACACAGAAGCAGCUGCUGCAGAGCCUGAGGCAGCAGCACCUGCUGCUGCAGCAGCAGCAGCAACAGCAGAGCCCGAAGCAGCAGCAGCAGAGCCCGAAGCAGCAGCAGCAGAGCCUGCGGCAGCAGCAGCUGCUGCCUCACCUUUGCGAGAAGUCCAUCAGGGAGCAGCAGCAGCAGCAGCAACAGCAGCAGAAGAAGGAGAGUCUGAAACUGCUGCUGCUGCUGCUGCUGCUGCUGGCUGCGAUGCACCUGCUGCAGUAGAGGAAGAUUUCAGUGUACAGGCAGCUCGUGGUUUAUUAGGAGUAGUAGAGGAUACAGCAGCAGCAGCAGCAACAGCAGCAGCAGCAGCAGCAAAAUUGGAGAAAGAAUUCAAUAUUUUUAAGAAUGCAUGCGAAGCUAAAUCAAUGGCUCAUGAAGGCCAACUCACUGCAGCAGCAGCAGAGCUGCAGCAACUGCAGCAGCAGUUGCAUGCAGUGCAGGUAGGUUUAUCAAGUAUACCUGCAUUGCAUGCAUUAGAGCAGCAGCAAUUUGUUGGGGCUUGGAUAGCAGCAGCAGCAGCAAAUAAUUUAUCUACGCAAUUUAGUAAGGAAGAAUCAUUAAUACAACAACUUGAUGCUAUUCAAGAUAGCCAACAAACAAUGUCUCGUGAAUUAGAUGUAUUGAAUCGUUCUUAUUCAUCAUUAGAGGAGAAUAUACAUGAGCAGCUUGGUGCUGCAGUUGCUGCUGCUCAUGAUACAGCAGUAAGUAGUUAUAGGAUAAUAUCUGAUUAUUAUAUAGAUAUAACAAGAAAAAAAAUACAAGAAAUACAACAAGAAUAUAAUAAUCAUAAAUUAGAUGAAUUAUCUACAGAUAGAAUUAUUGCAGAUAUUAUUAUUCAAUUAAAAAAAAAAGGUGUUGCUGUUAUUGAUUUCUCUGAUGUAUUUAUUGAAUAUCCUUUUGAACUUGUACGCAAAGAAUUCAUGGCAAGAAUUGCUAAAAGAAUUAAAGCUUUCUUCUUGCCUGUAUUUAUAGUAACAGAGACAGCAGCAGAUAUGAGUGAUUGGCUGUAUAGUCAGUAUCAUUUGCUGCCCUCUGUACGUCUUAUAGAGGCAAUAAUUGAUGAAUUAGCUCAUACAAAUGAUAAGGAAGCAUAUGCAGUAGUACAUGUACAAAGUGUUAAUACAGAAGUUAUUAUACGUAGAACAGAUCCAGCAGCAGCAGCAGCAGCAGCAAUAACAUCAACAGGAAUAACAGGAACAACAGGAUCAACAACACAGCCAUCUAGCAGCAGCAGCAGCAGCAGCAGUAGCAGCAGUCCCAACACAUCAAGAACGGUGGUUGGCACUGGAGUGAAGCCGGGCAGCAUGCAUCACCACCACCACCACCAUCACCAUCACCAUCAGCAGCAGCAGCAGCAGCAGCAGCAACAAUUACCUAUGACCAGGGAGAUAAAAUCUCUUAGUGCAGGUCCUCAAGAGGUUGUAAGGAAAUUAGAAACAGCAGAGAAACUUUGCACGGCAUUCAGUGCUCCUAUUCAAGAAGUUGCUGCCUUAUGGACACAGAUGGAGACAGAAGUUCCCUUCUAUUCCUCCUUCUUUAGAGGGGAGCCGCUAGUCUUCGACUCUGUUCCCGUCUCGAUCUCGUUCGACCCUGUGAAGUUACCUCCCCUUCCGCCUUCUCCUUUGUUUAGAGGAGAGUUUGGCGUAUUGCAGAUACAGGCCUUGUGCGUUCGCGACAUGUGGCAAGUACCUUCCUCUGGGGCGUUGGAGGCAGCUGUUUCUUAUUUGAACAGCCGACCGGAGAGGGGAGGAGUUCAAGUUGUGAUUGGUGUUGUAGAGGAAAAAGUUAUGACUUUCUGGCGGUCUGUCACCAAUUAUGAUGUCCGCCUCUUUGUCCGCAGUUCAGAUGCCCCGCCGUUGACACUGAAACUGAGCGCAUAUCCCAGCAGUUUCGGCAGCAUCAGCAGCAGCAGCAGCAGCAGCCGGAGCAGCAGCAGCAGCGGCAGCAGCAGCAGCAGCAGUUCGCCGGCAAGGCCUACGGUGGUCGCCCUUGCAGGAGAAGGCGCCGUGAGACAGUACUUGACUCAGGCGCUGGCAAAAGUCGUGAUCCCGAGUAUUAGCCCUAGGGCCACCUUCAGGCGGCUACUGAUCCACGUCUGUGUCGCUGGCAAAACUUGCUAA